AUGAGGAAGAAAAAACACAAAAAGAACUCGGGAUCUCCCUCCCAAAAGUCGAGUUCCCCAUCCCAAAGCUCGGGUUCGUCUGAACCCACGUCGUCUUCGGAGCCUCCGGUCGUCGAUUCCCCCAAAUCGGACAUGGAAGCCGCCUCAGCAGCCUCGCCUGAACCUGUCUCUCCGCCCGCUACUAUCGCUGCUCAAGACCCGACUCCUUUGGCCAAAGACAAAAUCUCAGAUCUGGUUGAGACUUCUGUUUCCCAGAUCCAGUUUGGUACCAACACUUCUAGGUUAGUAGAGGAAUCUACGGACCCGGGACUGUCAGAAAAUUCUACAAGCAAGGUUGCCUCCCCUCAGGUGCAGGCCAAUGCUCAAGUUUCUGCGAAAUCCACCUCAGUGGCCGACCCAGAUCCAAAACCCCAACCCUCCUCAGCCAAUUCUUGGUCAGACCUCUUCAAAGGUCCCGGGAAAAAGCUCAGUAAGAAAGGAAAACCUUUCAAUCUUUCUUCAGGAGAGGCUUGCGUCAAAAUUUCAGACACGCUUAUUGAGAAAAACAAGAAGUCGUGGGAUCUUUUUAUCCUUGGUCAAUUCUACUCUGAUCCUCCCUCACAAGGAACUAUCCACAACAUAGUAAAUGGCAUUUGGAGCAAGUAUUACAGGGACAUCACGGUCUCCAAGAUGGAGGGCUUCGCUUUCCUCUUCAGGAUACCGAGCGCUGCAACUCAGAGCAGAGUCUUAGAACAGAGGCUUUGGCAAAUAGAGGGGCAGACCAUGUUCGUUGGUAAAUGGGAACCGGGAAUUGUUCCAGUUAAACCAGAAUUAACGUCCGCUCCUAUUUGGCUUGAGCUAAGGAACGUGCCGUACCGCUGCUUCAACAACGAGGCUUUGGAGAGGAUCGCUACUGCUGUAGGUGAGCCAAAAUGUCUACAUCCCUCCACUGCAAACAAGACAAAUCUGGAAGUUGCCAAGGUGUUCACACUGAUUGAUCCGAGGAAACCGCUGCCUGAGGCCGUAAAUGUUAAGUUCGACUCAGGAGAAAUCUGCAGGGUUCUAGUUUCUAGUCCUUGGAUGCCUCCGAUCUGUGGCCACUGCAAAGGAAUUGGACACACUAUCAAACGUUGCAAGUCGGCUCCCAUCACCUGUCAGGAAUGUAAAUCUUCAGCGCAUAGCUCUGAAAAUUGCCCUAGAGCUCAAGCAAAAGAGCCCAAAAAGAAAAAGCGUGGACGUAGCAGAUCGAAAUCCAAAGGAGCUUCAACGGCAAAGGAUAUAGAUCAGCUAAAGAGAACUCCGGCGACGGGACUUUCAGGGAUAAUCUCUAAAGGUGAAAGCAGCAAUACUUUCAAAUGGAUCCCAAAGGAGAAAAAUAAGGUUCCGUCAGUUAAAUCCUCCGAGACGGAAGCGGAAGCAGACUCCUCGGAUGUUCUAUCAUCCGAUUCUGAAGGUUAUGUGAGCCCUGAGGAGGAGUAUGACAACUUGGAGGAUCAGUAUGAGGGUUUCACAGAGGUGCCUAAACACCAGAAGUUUGUAGAUAAGUUGCUUCCUGGUUGGUCUCUAGAGGAUAAUUACGCUUUCUCUACGCUUGGAAAGAUUUGGAUUGUGUGGCAUCCUAGCGUGAGAGUGGUGACAAUCGCAAAGUCGCUUCAGAUGAUUACAAGUGAGGUUUUGCUUCCGGAUUCUUCAGCUUGGAUAGUCAUCUCGGUGGUCUAUGCUUCAAAUGACGAAACAGAGAGAAAGGCUUUGUGGGCGGAAUUAAAGGAUCUAGCUCUGGACAGAAGAGUUGCUUCAAGGGCUUGGUUAGUGCUAGGAGAUUUCAAUCAGACUCUGAACCCUCACGAGCACUCAAUCCCUGCAGCACAAAAUAUCAAUAGAAGAAUGGUGGAAUUCAGAAACACGCUUCAAGAUGCAGAGUUAUCUGACCUAACCUUCAAAGGCGAAACGUUCACAUGGUGGAACAAAUCCGUUUCUCGACCUGUCGCGAAAAAGCUUGAUAGGGCACUGAUAAAUGAGCACUGGAUGAAUCAGUUCCCGGCCUCUUAUGCAAAGUUUGGAGAACCUGACUUCUCAGAUCACACCUCUUAUGGUGUAAUCCUUGACCAUGGUUCACUAUCUAAAAAAAGGCCUUUCAGAUUCUUCAAUUAUCUUCUGCAGAAUGAGGAACUCCUGCCUCUAAUAGCGGAUCACUGGUUUUCUUGCUCAGUCUUUGGAUCGGCUAUGUUCAGGGUUUCGAGGAAACUAAAGCUGCUGAAGAACAUCUUAAGGAAGUUCAGUAAACAGAAUUACUCAGGAAUUGAAAAAAGAACUGCAGAAGCACAUGCGAUUAUGCUUGGCAGCCAGCAACAGGUGUUAGCAGACCCUUCCCCGAGUAAUGCGGUGUUGGAGUUGGAGGCUCAAAAACGGUGGAGGAUUCUAGCAACAGCAGAGGAAGCUUUUCACCGCCAAAAAUCAAGGGUGACUUGGUUAAAAUAA